AUGUCUGAAUUAUCUAUCUAUCUAUCUAUCUAUCUAUCUAUCUAUCUAUCUAUCUAUCUCGCUCUGUUCUUUCUUUAUCUAUCUAUCUAUCUAUCUAUCUAUCUAUCUAUCUAUCUAUCUCAGUCUGUUAUCUAUCAAUCUAUCUAUCUAUCUAUCUAUCUAUCUGCAUCUAGGCCAGUGUACACAUAUCAUCUUAAAAUUUUGUCAUGUCGAUCUUACAAUCUAUCUUAUAAAUCUAUCUAUCGAAACCUGUUCUUAUCUAUCUAUCUAUCUAUCUAUCUAUCUAUCUAUCUCAGUCUAUUCUUAUCUAUCUAUCUAUCUAUCUAUCUAUCUAUCUAUCUAUCUAUCUCAGUCUGUUCUUAUCUAUCUAUCUGUCAGUCGGUUCUUUAUCUAUCUAUCUAUGCCAGUCGGUUCUUUAUCUAUCUAUCUAUCUAUCUAUCUAUCUAUCUAUCUAUCUAUCUAUCUAUCUAUCUAUCUAUCUGUAUAUUGACCCGUAGCCUUCCCUUAACUCUCUUUCCCUCAAUAUCCCCAAUAGCCCUUGUGCUAGUGAAGUCGUUCAAGAACCGCUUCCUCAUUCUGUCUAGUUUUCUGUUUCUGACUAUACAUCAACACUUCUAUAUCUAUCUAUCUAUCUAUCUAUCUAUCUAUCUAUCUAUCUAUCUAUCUAUUUUCUGUUACUCUCUCUCUCUCUUCUAUCUAUCUAUCUAUCUAUCUAUCUAUCUAUCUAUCUAUCUAUCUAUCUAUUAG